AGUCUUCGGCUCUCCCUACCCCCACUCCGCGCGUUGGGGGGGAGUCCGCUGUGUGCGAGCGAGACAGACGACACACAGUGCAGCCAGUGCGCGGCGCGGUUCGACGCGUCUCGUUUCUCGUGCAUCGUGCGCGUAUGUGGGUGAAAACGAUAUCACAUCACACCGGCACACCACCGCGAACGACGUCCCGUGACGCGCGGGCAAAAACGUGCGCCGCGAUCAGUGACAGACAAAAUGGCGGAGCGCCUGGUGCAGUGGUAAGUAGCAGCGGUGCGUAUCGCGCUGACUGCGUCAAUUGCAACGUGCGUGGAGGAAGGUGGAGGGGUAUAGAUGUAACGCGAGAGAAGCCCGAGAGAGCACGACGCGAAAACAGCUGGACGGUGUAAGCAUGGAACGGGCGCUCUCGACGACGACGAGACGUCGCGGUCAUCAGCAUCAUCCGCGACACACCACGCGACGACGUCUCGACGCCUCCAGCAGAGGACCCGCGCAGUGUGGCCCUGCUGGUGCAAUCAAAGACGCUACCGAGGACGAGACGUCACUCGCCGGGGUGACCGUCGACGCGAUAGACUGCCGUCUCAGUUCCCCCGUGACGCGUGUCACGCUUGACACGAGAUGGUCGGCGAGGAUCGACGAGACCGAGGACACGAGGACUCGGAUCGAAGAGAAGGAUUUUAAAGAGGAUGACGUCCGACAGAGGCUCGCGCAGUGUAGCCCGGACGUUCCCGCGCUCGGCGAGAGCAGGGAUACUUGCGAGAACAAGGAGUCCCUCCUUGUUCCCGACGAGGAGAAGGCUCCCGAGGAUCGCGAGAGCAGCGAGCCCGAGCACGCGGUCGCGAGGGCUCGCGGAGACGGGAACUCCGACGACGAGUCGAGCAACGUCGAGGAGGACCCGGAAUUGGCGGAGCUGGCUAAACUACGUUGCCCCAGCGAACGUGCGGAGGUUCAGGCCGAGAGAGAAGCCCGGAGACGGAAGAGAUGCGCCGACUAUCCCGGGCUCGCCUUCGGCUGCUCCAUCUUCUCCAGCGACACGAUGAUGAAGUUCAGUUUGAUUAAGAACGAACUGCAGAAUAUCAUGGGCAAUCAGCUGAAGCGGGCUGAGUCCGAAGUCGCAGCCUUGAAUCGUCGUAUUCAGCUGUUGGAGGAGGACCUCGAGAGAUCCGAGGAGCGUCUUGCCACUGCCACUGCCAAAUUGGCGGAGGCGUCGCAGGCUGCCGAUGAGAGCGAACGGAUACGCAAGGCCCUCGAAAACCGCACCAACAUGGAGGACGACCGAGUAUCCUUGUUGGAGCAGCAGCUAGCACAAGCUAAAUUGAUCGCAGAGGAGGCGGAUAAGAAAUAUGAGGAGGUCGCCCGUAAAUUGGCCAUGGUUGAGGCCGAUCUAGAACGCGCAGAGGAGCGUGCCGAGGCCGGAGAGUCCAAGAUCGUAGAGCUUGAAGAAGAAUUACGUGUCGUCGGCAAUAACUUGAAGUCCCUCGAGGUCUCCGAGGAAAAGGCCAACCAACGCGAGGAGGAAUACAAGAAUCAAAUUAAGACCCUCACUACCCGUCUAAAGGAGGCUGAGGCACGCGCCGAAUUCGCGGAAAGAUCUGUGCAGAAACUCCAGAAGGAAGUUGACAGGCUCGAAGACGACCUCGCGGCCGAGAGAGAGAAAAACAAAUUGCUGCAGGAGGAGAUGGAGGCCACUCUGCAUGACAUCCAGAAUAUGUAGAUCAUAUUUUUCGCGAUGGACAAAAAAAAACGCGUAACGCGAGAACGUUCAUAGAUAGAAAGAGCGGAAACUUAUGAGAAAAGAAAAAGGAAACGAAAGGAAAAUUGCGUGCGAAUAAAGUUGAACGGCGGUAACGAGAAGAAGUGAAUGAGAGAAGCAAACACGCGCGUUUUAUAUACAGCGCGAGCGUUUUGUGUGGUGCAUACCUUAAUAUUAACGGAUAAAAAUGCAGUCCUUAGACUAGCCUUAUACCCUCCAUUACGUCCAUCCGCAGUACGUGUACGUAUUAUACGUGUGUCUGUGUGCGUUACAUAUGCCCAUCUGCAGGCGCGUAUCGCAAGAUGCACGGACUGAUGAAAGAUGAGAGAAAGGAGGUGAAAAUAGAAGAAUGGAGUGUGUGUAUGCAUGUGUGUAUGCGUGUGUGUAUGUGGGUAUGGAAAAGGAAGAGGCAGAAAGAAAGAGCGUGGACCUGAAAGGUGGAGAAUGAGGAAGUCUUAAGUAUAAUACGCGACAGGAACAGGUGGUAGGAUGAUUUCGUAAAUAAUAAAGUUACUUGUAAUCGAAAUUUGAUUUUAGCUUUAGAUUUUAGCUUGUAGUCUGCCUUUAAAUUUUAAUUCGAUAAAAAUUGAGGCAUGGCUGCGACCGGUUUGAGGUGUCUUCGAGCUCGUCUAGAUUUCAAUUUCGUUCAAAAAAAUGGUUACUGAUCGUGAGUGGAAUACGUGAAUAGAGAUUACAGGGAAGUAGAAUGGGAAAAAAGAGAAGAGAGACGCGCGCGGAUCGAUUUGUUUGUAUCGAGAGAGGAAAAGUCCGAUGUGAGAGAUUUUCAAACCAAUUUUCUCAAACGUAUCAAUUUUAUGCGCCAAAAACGAUGUAUAUAUAUGUGUAUUUAAAUGUAUAUAUAUUAUAUAUAUAUAUAUAUAUAUAUAUAUAUAAUAUGUUAUAUUUCUAUAAUAAUCCGCGCUCAACUAAAAGAUUCUCUCUAAAAAGAAUGAUUACCAAGUAAUAAAACUUUUAGAAGUGACUUUUACGAACAUUUUUUUAUUCAUCAGUUGAUUAGCCGAACAUUUUAUCGAAUUUGUGCGUGCUUCUCUCGAUACAAAAGAACAAAAAUAUGCAGACUCCUACAUAAUGGAGGGAAACAGCUUAUUUUUUUCCGUUGCCUUACAUUCCUCGUUUUCACGCGGCUCAGCUCGCGCGAGAAGAGAAAAACUUGUCAGUUUCUUUCAUUUAUCUGUUUUUUCUUAAAUAGAUAUCGCGUUAUAUCUUCUCAUUGCCGCCGAUGAGAACAAAGACGUAAAUAAUCGUGCAUUUAACAGACUUCCACUGCCAAACCGCCAGCAAUUUUGUAAAACUAUAUCUUCGUAGUAUGUCUUUGUCUUCGUUGUGCAAUACUUGAUUAAAUAAUUGAAACCGAACGCAUUGAUACGAUAUUGCCAUAUAAUUCCGAUUUUUCUUCUUGUAGAAUCAAACAAUCGAGAAUUAUUAUGCAUUUGGCCUAGUGUGUUUAACUUCGAGCCUACGAAAAAUUAUCUAAUGCUCAAGAUACUAACGGGGAAGCAACUGACUUUUUUUUUAUAUCGUUCUACAGCUUCCCGUGCCAGCUGAGCCAAUCCGAUAUUUACCGAUCGUGCCUGUAUAUAUAUUUACAUAAAUACUAAUCACACACCUCGGCCAAACAAAUCUCGAUGCAGGGAACGUGCUUCGUUUCGAACGUAAAAAAAAUCGGAGGAAAUAAUGACUGCGAUUGGUCGAAGAUAUCCGACGUUAGUUCCAUUUCUCCUAUAAUUUUUGCCCCUAAUUACUAUUACUAUUAAUUGAUAUACAAUCAUUAUUAAUAUCGCUGCUAUUUGAUGCUCGAACAUGGUUAAUUUUGGAUAGAAAUGAUUUCUCUCAUUCAAUCUUUUUUUUUUAACGAGAUAAUUAUGUCGCAAUAAUAUAAUAAUAUUGACUUCGAUGUCGUAACUCGUGGUUUUUCUUGUAGCACUUUUCCUGCAACAUAUUCUUGGAUGGCCUUUUGAUGUAGGAAUAUGCAUCGUCCUCUUUUCGUUUCGGUA